CAAACUCUCUCUCUCUCUCUCUCUCUCUCUCUCUCUCUCUCUCUCUCUCUCUCUCUCUCUUCUCUCUGUUUUUGUCUCAAACACAUGAUCGAAGAGAACCAUCUCGCCAUCUCAGCAGUUGAUUAUAUCGCAACCGUACAUGGAGAACACUCAAGAUUUCUCGCCGCCCCACAUGGAUGCUUCUCGGCCGUCACUGGGAUUCCCUCUAGGCACAGCUCUGCUUCUCAUAAUCAUUUUCAGUCUCUCCGGAAUAUUCUCUUGCUGUUACCAUUGGGACAAACAUCGCUCUCUCCGCCGCUCUUUGGCCAAUGCCUCCGGUCAUCCCUCAGCCACCUCCGCCGACGUAGAGUCCUCUCCGUUCAAACCUAGACCCCCUUUUCCGGAUUUGAAGAAAAACCAGAAUCUGAGCGUACCGGUGUUGAUGCCUGGAGAUAAUACGCCGAAAUUUAUAGCAUUGCCGUGUCCGUGUGCACCUCCUCGGCCGGAGAAGCUCACCGUCGAUGUUCAAAGUCCGCCGCAUUCACCACCUGUGAAGCCGCCGCGUUUUCCCGUUCCUCUGUAUUAGAUUUAAUUUAGCUACGUGACAACAAAAAAUGAGCGAAAAUGUAGAAAUGUCUCGUUUUUGAUGUACAUAUGGAUCAUGAAUUUACAUUUCAGUUUUUUCGCCCA